GGAAGGUAAAAGCAUAAUGGAACUAAUAUAUAGCAUGCGUAUUCAUUGUGCUUUUAGGCAUGAUUUUAUUGGUCAAUUUUCAACCACGUUACGAGAGAUGAAUGACAGUAGACAACAAGGGAUCACGUGGGAGGUACGUGACAUCACUUAAAACACACGUGUUAAACUUAAUUAAGACGUAACUAUCUAACUAAAAUUCUUAAUUCUUAAUCAAUUCUAAAUAUUUAAACUGUUUAUAAACAUGCCCUCUAAGAACAUCCACUCGGGUUAAAAUUCCCUAUAGUUAAUCUAUAGAAAUAACACUAAACUUAAUAUAUUCCUGUUUAAAGGGAUAUGGCAAUAUAAAUUAAGUUUGUCUUAUUUGAAAGAACAUUAAAAAUGAUAUAUAAACUUCCUUUACAGUUAUUUCAUAUCUUGCUUGAUUUUCGAAAUAAAUCGACUUAUUUUGAUCAAAAGCAGCGUGCAUUCCGCCAUCUUGGAUAUGCAUUCGAUAUGCAUACAUCACAAGUAGGGUAAAAAGCGAAAUUUUUAUCCCGCAAACCCGACAUGUCAUUAUCAAUAUGAAACUCGAUUUUCCGAAGUCUUUUAUAGUACUCAAUUAACUCGCAACAUUUUAAGAAACGUUUCGAAGAAAUUUAGUCCCACAUGAAGACGUUUUAACAAGUUUAUCCUACUUGUGACGUCAUCAAAAAGUCAGUUAAUUAGGUGAAUUAUAAUACCAAGAUGGCGGACUGCACACUUUUUUGGUCAAAAUAUUUCGAAAACCAAGCAAGGUACGAAAAAGUUGCAAACGGUCUUCAUAUAUAACUUUAAAACUAAAGUAUGUAUUUACUGUAACAGGUGAUCAACGAACGCGACGAGUCGUGUUGUGGGUGGCAAUGGUUUAAAAAAUUAUCUGACGAGUGUUUUUUUGAAGUUAGUAAAUCAAAUAUAGUAAAAAUAUCGGGUAAAAACUAUCGAUUGAUUUGCCACAACCUGUUUAAAACUCUAAAAUUUAUACAACUAACUUAAACGAAUAAAUGAAAUUAACGUAACAAUAAAUAUAAAAACUAAAACGUGAAAGUGGACUACAUAAAAGCGUUGUUAAAAUUUCAUUUCUUAUGAUUAGUGGAAACCUUCACCUCGGAGAGAGGGUUUACCAUAUCUCGUAGUUAAACCAGAGUUCAAGUUUUAUCCCAAAUUGGGACAUCCAUUUGAAUAAUGCAAGUCAUCAAAAAUGUGUAUAGCAUAACCUGUUGCUAUGGCCAGCUUCGCCACUGACACUGUACAAAGUUAACGUUGUGUGAAUUGCUACUUAACUAUUGUCGGAUCGAACUUCUGUUGUAGGUUGUCAAUCCAAAGAAACAAGCGAAGAAAAAGAAAAAGUACACAAAUUCUGGAACUGUAAGUGAUAAUAUUAUGAAUACUUUACAUUACUUUGGGUUGUUGCUGCUUUAGUUUGACUUAACUUGUACGGUUAGACCAUGGAUAAUAAAAUCACUGGAUAGGAAACUCGUCAAUACGAAAAAUAUAGGAAAAUGGAAAAAAAACGCAGUAAACUUUAUACAUAUUCUAAUUUCACACAUCUUUACAAAGCGAAAUUUGACAUUAAUUUGUCAAGUUUUCAAAAUAAAAUUGCACGUACCAUGGGCGUGGUCAUCCAAUUUAUAUAUUAAACUUUCUCUUAGGUCACUCUUAUGCAAUGCAUGGUCGAACAACAGCCAACCUUCCUCGAUUUUAUUAGAGGCGGGUGAGUAUAUUUGCAGUACUACUCUAAAUGAUUUUUAUUGUGCAACUUAAUAAGUGACUGCACUGAUAUAUAAAUACCAGCACAUCGAACUUAAAUGUAGCAAUUCUUCCUUUUCUCUUUAGAACGCAGAUUAACUUUGUUGUUGCAGUUGAUUUUACGGCAUCGAAUGGUAAGUGUAACCAUUCAAAAGAUGAGAUUUUCGAACGAAAAUUUACAUACAAUUUUCGGCCUAAAUGUCCAGACACACCGGACGCGAUUCGACAACGCGACGCGAUUUUUCGAUUUUCACUGCCCGAUAACUUUGAUCCUAGUUUAAAUUGUCCAAAUAUUUAGAAGCGCUAUAACAUUUUGAGUUAUUUGGUCUACAUAUCUUUUAAAAUUUGCUCACAUUGGCUGUUUUAUUAACUUUCAAAAACUAAAAAAAUCGCGAUAUUGGGGGUUGUCUGCAGAGAAGGUAUAUUGCUUGUUAAUUUAAAUUUUACAUUUGCAGGUGCGCAAAACAAUCCUAAUUCACUUCACUACAUAAAUCCAUAUGAACCAAAUCUCUAUGUGAAAGCUCUGUCGGCUGUUGGCAGGAUCUGUGAAGAUUAUGACACGUAAGGGAAUCAUUUCUUUUGGUUCAUUUCUGGUGUUUUAGGUCAGCUCAGGUGAAGCUCAAUGUAUAAUUUAAUUUUACGUUUCAAUCUAUACACAUUUAAAUUUAUUCAGUUCAUUCAUCUUAUAGAGACAAACUGUUUCCCGCGUUCGGCUUUGGCGCCAGACUUCCACCUCACUGGCAAGUGUCUCAUGAAUUUGCGCUGGUAAGAUCCAUUCUACUUGCAGGGGUGGAAAAAAUAGGCGAGCACGCGAGUUUGAAUGAAGAUUUGCUAUUGAAAAUUUGAAGGAAACUGUAACACCCAUGUCUCACUAUGGGCGCAACAACAUAUGAUUGACAGACAUUAUUCCUCGAAUUUAAAACCAUGGUCAGUUAGAACACUAUAUGUUUAUGUACAUGCAUAUUUAACACAAAAAUACUCCGUUGUCUUCAAGAAAUUUUUGUCUCCAGGUUUUGUUCCAAGGAAGAAAAUUCUUUUUUCCUGCCCAGUCUACUUGUUUAGGACAUUGCAAGCAUAUACUCCCAUUUCCACUCAAGAAAAAUUUCCACGGACAGAACGUUCCGAAAAUAUCAUUGUUAAAAGUUGAAAAUUUUCAACUUAAAUUUUUUUUCCGACGGAAAAUUUGUGUCGGCCAAUCAUAGUUUACAAAAUUUUCUUCGUGCGGAAAAUUUUCCUGAGUGGAGAUAGACCUUAAUUUAAUAAGUUUCUAAUAGAUUUGCAUGGCGAAAUAUAUUCUCGAUGCAAUUAUAUUCUCGCCUCUUAUUAUAUAAAUAAUGUUUUUUUUAUCUGUUAAGAAUUGGAAUCCAAGUGAUCCAAACUGUAAUGGGGUGGCUGGAGUAAUCCACAGUUAUCAUGAAUGUAUACAGAGAGUCCAGUUGUACGGUAUGUACCUCGCGAUAGCCAAACACCCUUACUGAGCCAGUUUUCCACUGGGCGAACGUAAUUUAGCUCUCGUAUAAAUCUCACAGCUUGUCAACAAGAUGCGUUCGCACUGCUUGUUCCCAGUUGUUGACAAGCCUAGAACAAGUUGAUAUCAUCUUGUAACAAGGUUGAUGUGGCUGACAAACUUUGAACAAGUUGUUCCAACAAAUCUUAUAUCGUCUGCACACAAUACAGGUUGUUAAUAAUUCGAUAAGAACAAGCAAGCAACUUGUUACGAACAACUUGUAUUAGUCUUGUUGGAACAACUUGAAGCAAAUCUGUUACCGCCAUCAACUUUGAAACAGGGUGAUAAGGCAAAAAAAAUGUGGGUUUCCUAUUUCUUCUUGUGAAACUUAGGUAGGGUAGGUCGGUUUUAACUUCUUUUUUUUAACUUUUUUUUUAAUUUUCCUAAAAAACCGGACACCAUUUUGUUUAUUCAGUGCUUCCACAUUCAAAGAUAAAUUUCCCUAAUAUUGCCUCAAAUUUCCAUUUUUCACAAACGUUUUCCUCUAAGUGGAAACACUUACGAACAUGAUCCAAUAAAAAAGUUUAGGGUCGGGAUUUCGGCGUCCAAAAGCUAGGUAGGGUCGGGAAACCGGAAACCCACAUAUUUUUUUUUGGCCUAACAACUUGUUCCAGAUUUGUCACAACAACUGGGAACCAUCAGUACGAACACAUCCUGAGAUCGGCUUGAUAACAACCCUGUUACAACUUGUUUGCAGAUCUGUAAUAUAACGACUUGUGCUUUUUUAUGCAUGCACAAAAUUUAUUAUGUCUAUGUAUGACAUGAAAUUGUAACAAGCAACUCCGUCUCAAUCACAUGUAAUAUUUCCUAGUUAAUGUUCUUGUUCUUGUUCUUUAGGGCCAACAAAUUUUGCUCCUGUUAUCAACAGCUGUGCGAGGUAUGGUCUCAUUUUUGCUUAAAGAAAAUAGUUUUAAAGAAACAGAUUACAGUACCCUGCCAUACUUCUACUCGGUUAACCGACACGAUUGAAAAUAGAAUGUUAUAUGUAAAAACGUCCAAUUUUGUGAGAUGGCCAUGCUAAUCCCUUGGCUUAUAAAAUUGUUUGCUUUUCAGAAUUGCAAGUGACAGUGUCAGACGAAAUCAUGGAACCGAGUAAGUUGACUGGUUUGAAGAGUGUUGCCGUCGUGACUUAGAGAGUUUCUUAUAAUUUCUGAAGUUGUUAGCCAAGUACUCCAGGGGCCGGUUGUAUAAAAAAGUGAUUAAAGUUAAUUGUUAUAUAGCUAGUGUGAACACCAAACGUGAUUGGCUGAUUUGUAGUCACGUGGCUUUAGAUAAAUGCAAUGUAUCCCGCCCGGGCAAUAAGUGAAAAAUUGUUGCACGCCCCGACCGGCUACGUACAUAAAUAAACAAAAUGGCGGCACAAAUUUAUACUAUUUAAACCACUGUUUUCAUGUCUUUGUGUUAAAAUAAAGAAUGUAAAAGAGAAGAAAAAUACAUAACAGGCAACAGGAUAUGCUGCUGAAACCAUUUAAGUAGGUUUUUAAAAUUUUAAACUCGUUUACGCUGUAGAGUUUUUGUCAUGAAAUACAAAUAUUGUUGUAUGAAUGUUGUUCAAUGUUGAUAUUUGUUUCGUCGCUAUAUAACAAAACACUUAACGUCUUUUCCCUCGGGAAAUAGUUAGUUUUGUUUUCCCUCGAAUCUCAAUGUUUCCCUCGACUUCGUCUCGGGAAACAUUGAGAUUUUCGGGAAAACAAAACUAACUAUUUCCCUCGGGUGCAGACAUUAAGUGUAUACUAGAAAUACAUGCAUGCAGCAACCCCUCGCCUUUUUUAACAGAUGAAGUAUAGAAAUUCUGUUCAACAUCAAGUACUCCAUGUUCAAAAUAAUAAUAGUCGCUAUGGUAACAUGAAAAUAAUAUGAGAAAACAAUAGGAUAUAAUUUUUUACCAAAAGAAUCGUUGAUUUUCAUAAUUUGUUAUUAAAAGGAAUAUGUUAUGUGGCUUUCAAUCGGCUAAAAGUUAAUGUAAAAUGUAACGGUAAAGCGUUUCGAAACUUUGCCGUGGAACCGCAAGGGAAGCUGAAACACUCGCUUUGUUGGCAUUAUAGUCAGUAGUUUGCUCGAAAAUACGGUGAAAUAUACUUGCUUUAUAUAAGCAAAAGCUAGUUUUUGAGUUAUAUUUUGGUGAAGCCAUAUUUGCUCAGGUAAAAGACCAUUAUAAACACGCAUAAAAACACGAUAAGCUGUAUUAAUUGCCCCACAUAAACAAUAUUUAAAAUCACUACAUUUAUACAUUUUCAUGUAGAUACCAGCUUGCAUAAAAAUAUAUUAUAUAUUGAGUUGAAUGGCAUAAAAAUUUCGCCGAUAUGUGAAUAAAAUCGAAAACACAAAGCAUGCAAGUACGGUAUGAAAUUUUAAUACUGAAAUGUUUAUAAGUUUUAUAACACUUACCCAAGAUAGCCAAGAGUCAAGACAACGAUCAAAUUUUAUAUUGAAACCAUCUGGUUCGUCUUCGACAAAAUUCGUGUUUUUCAGCCUAUGCAUGCCUUUCACACUUUGUUUCACGGUUGACAGCCACUAAUUCAUGAAACUGCAGGCUUGUUUCCAGUUAAAUAGCGAAAUACAUCGCAAAAAAUAUUGUAAAAUAGCAAGUAUCUUUCCAAAAUGAAAAACAAUUUUUUAGUGCGAGCUAUUACACGUGCAUGCGCAAUAACGUCGAAGACCGUCCAUCACAUAAUGGAGGACAACUUUGCACUUCGCUAUGUUUUCAAACACCCGGGUGUAAAUAGCCGGGCGGAAUUAGUACCCUCGCACGGCGCUUCGCGCCGCCGGCUCGGGGAUUAUAGUUAGUGGAAACGUCAUCCAAUAAGAAGCGCGUAUUUGAGAGUUGAUCACUGUUUAAAUACAAAAUAGUGAUUAAGAAAGUGAUUAAGAGUUUUAUACAACCGGCCCCUGGUUUAAAAAUGUAGCUCUAUACUGACUUCACAUGAUUUUGUAGUUGACCUGAAACACUUGAAUUCUUAAUUCAACUAAGUUUUAAAAAAUUUGGAGUUUGCUUUUCAUACUAUAGAGGUAGCGUCGCUCCAUGGUUCUCUAACUUCUGCAGUCAUGGUUGCGCUUUGCGUUUUCACGAGUCAUGGUUUCGAUCCGGCAAAUAACACAAAGACCUGCCUAUAGUUUUAUACGUUGGGUGUGAUGCCUGAUUGGAAAAUAUUGUUUUUUAUCAUUUAGCUAUUUUGUUCUGCUUAUCCUGACUGAUGGAAUUAUAUCUGAUAUGGCACAAACUAAAGAAGCCAUUGUGAAUGUAAGUCAGUAUUGCACAUGUAAAGCACGCGAUUACCUGUUGACAAAUGUUUUGUGUCAGUCGUGGCUCAAGGUUGAGGAUGAUGGUCUUCGCUCAGUAUAUGGUUGUUUAUGAACUCGCAUAUGGGCUUAUAUGUCCAAUCCUAUCCUGUAAACGAGGUAGUUCAGAAUGGCAAAUCAGACCAAUACUGUUGUUUUUCUUCCCUUUGGGCCUUCGAAGGCGAAGAGCCUUCGCUCGAAGGAAGACGAAGAGCCUUCGUUCGAAGGAAGACGAAGAGCCUUCGCUCGAAGGAAGACGAAGAGCCUUCGCUCGAAGGAAGACGAAGAGCCUUCGCUCGAAGGAAGACGAAGAGCCUUCGCUCGAAGGAAGACGAAGGGCCUUCGCUCGAAGGAAGACGAAGAGCCUUCGCUCGAAGGAAGACGAAGAGCCUACGCUCGAAACAAGACGAAGAGCCUUCGCUCGAAAGAAGACGAAGAGCCUUCGCUCGAAGGAAGACGAAGAGCCUUCGCUCGAAGGAAGACGAAGAGCCUUCGCUCGAAGGAAGACGAAGAGCCUUCGCUCGAAGGAAGACGAAGGGCCUUCGCUUGAAACGUCGAGUUUCUGCUUGUUCUUUUCAGGUAGUAAUAUAACCACUCAGCACAGCAUUUUCACAUUGGUACUACCCACACUGGUACAUACAGUUCUUCUAAUUAUGCACUUGGUUUCGAAUGUUACUAUUCCUUUACGGAUGGUUGAUCGCCAGAGAUUCAUGUCUUUGGUGCUGGUAACGUCCAUGUUACAUUUCUUAAUGUUGGCGGCGUCCAGGGCAUCCUGAAAGGCCGUUUUCUACUUCAACCGUAUUGUGACGUGACGUAUCAUAGCAUUUUCUUUUGUGUCAAAGUCAUUAGCUCCACUCUAGUGCUGAGGAACCAAAAAACGCUACGCCAACGUACGAUACGGUUGAAGAGGAAAACGGUCUUAAAUCUCUUUUUAACUACGAUUUUCAGGCAGCAUCUUUGCCGAUGUCGAUUAUUAUAGUUGGAAUUGGAUCCGCCGAUUUUGAUGGUAAUUAAUCCCUCUUUGCAUGUAUGUAACCAUGGAUAAUAAAAUAAAUGGAUAGGAAACUAGUUGACGUGACCUAAUGUUUUCAAUGGGAUGAUGGCGUGGUUGGAUGUUGAAACCUAGUUGCAAACCAAAUUCUCAAAAACGGCAUGUUUAGCAAUAAUACAGCUAAACAUUUUAGUCAAAGAGCAAAUAAAUAUAACUACGCCAUUCUACGAUGAAAUCUCUAAGUAUUUCCAGUCAAUUUUAGAAAAUAUUUCAAGCACUAAACAGUGAAAAAUGCAUCCCAAAUUUCGUUAAAAUUGGUGACGCCAAUUUCGUAGCCACAAAUGUAAAAAAAUACAAAACAAAGACGAAAAACAUUUACCUUGAAUACUUGUCGUGGCUUAGGCAUGUUUUUAAAACAAUUAGACCAGUUUAUGCUUCAAUGUUACUCUUUUAAAGCGGAAAUAUAGCGAAACAACAGAAAUGCCGAGAACUUUGGCAAUACGCGUGACGUCACAGAUUGCAACUAGGUUUAGACUGUGACGUCAGCUAGACAGCUAGAGUCCUAUCCAUUUAUUUUAUUAUCCAUGAUGUAACUAAUUUAAAACACCUCAAUAUUUCCUCUCUGAAACUCUUUAGCACUCAAGAAAGUAGAAAUAUUCAGUUUAAGCGACAAAAUUUAAUCAUUUUUAGCGAUGGAAGUUCUUGAUGGAGACGUGGUCCGUCUUUCUUCCAGAGGUCGCGAGGCUGAACGUGACAUAGUACAAGUAAGUGUUCAGUCAGUUGGCACUUUAUUAAUUUGCAUUUUUUGCGUCAUUGAUUUGCAUUUACUGCGUCCCACAUUUGCAUUAAUUGCGUUAUUGGUUUGCAUAUUCCGCGUCAUUUGUUCGCCUAUGCUGCGUUAUUGAUUUCAAAAAUUUAUUGCGUGAUUCAACGGUAUCAACGAUUUUCGUAUUUUGUGUCAUUUGCCUUCGAAUUUUCCGUUUUUAAUUUGCAUAUUUUGUAUCAGUGGUUUGCAUAUUCUGCGUCAUUGAUUUACAUAUACUGCGUAAUUUGCAUAUGCUGCUUCGUUGGUUUGUAUUUUCUACUUUUUUUAUUUGUAUUAGUCGCUUAAUAAUUUGCAUAUAAUGCUUAUUGAUUUGAAUCUACUGCGUCAUGUAGUUCGUUCCGUUCCGUGAUUACUUGGGCGGCCAUAACAAUCGUGGUGACGUAACGAGUGGCGCGAGACUGGCGAAAGACGUUCUGGAGGAACUGCCGGAUCAGUUUUUAGAGUACAUGAAGAAACGCAGCAUUAAACCACGGGAACCAAGGUUUUGAAAUGUCAUUAAAUCGGAGAUGUAAUGUUCGGAGAUGAAUAUGGCAUACCUUAAUAUCUGGAAAUAUAAAUAUCAGUGGCUAGCAGGGAGAACGGUCUCGGGUUUAUAUAGUGUCCACAAUACCUUAUAUAUACAUCCUGUUACUAAAAUAACCAUCGUCAUAGCGAUAGUUUACGGUACUCCACGAAGACAGACCGAAGCAUUCUUGUUAGUCGACUGGUAAACACCGUUUGAGGACGAGUCGUAGAAAAGGGCAUCCUGAACACCUUCUUUUUCACGCCUUAUAUAUUUCCGGUGGAAUGACCAUGUGCGGGCAAGAAACUGUUUGCCACACGGAUUAUCCCCCCCAAAAUCUAUGAGGCGGGAAAAGGUUAGGCUGUUCACGCUAGGAAUUGUAAAAUAGAACAAUGGAACUAAUGUAUAAGCCAAACAAUAUUUAUAUUUGGCAUAAUUUUUGUGAAAUAAUAGCAAAGUGUAUUUUACAAACACUCUAACAAGUUAACAGGGAUUAGCUAAUAUAGUCCUAAAGCAAUUAUUUAUGUAUCAACUGUAAAUUCGAAUUUUGGUAAACUUAGAAUUUAGCUUAAAUGAAUCUGGACAGACUGGACUAAUCCUUUUCCCGAAAUUAACCCUUAUCAUAAUAUGUUUCUAACAAAGAAGUGCUUGUAAAAUUUUCAACAGAUGGGGAUCCAGUGUAGGUAUUAUUCUACACAAGUUGCCGUGGUACGGUGUGUCUAAACUACAUGAAAAAGACUAAACAGUUGACCAUUUUCGACAUUUCGAGCGAUUCCCUCGUCACGAGUUUGGUUGGCGGUUUAUCAAGGCUAAUAUGUCAUCAUUUUGAAGACAUCUAACUGAAACUAACCCAUUGCAAUGAUAGGAAGAUUGCUAUAAUCCACACAAUAUUUUUAUAUCAUUCGUAUUUAAUACGCAAUUUACACAGUUCGUGAGUACAUAGUGACAUACUCUAGACGGCUGAUAAUUUAUGUUUGACACAGUUAAGUCAGUGAUUCAUUUGGUAUGCAAUAGAUUUUUGACUUUAAUUUUGUCAUUGAUAAAGUUUCUAUAGAUCACAUCUCAUACCAAACAUUUUCGUUCUCCAGCCUUUUCACAACUGCAAAAGAACACCCCUCUUUAUUCGAUUCCAUCAACCCAUAUCCCUUUGGAUCUUAUAGUACCCUAGUUAAUUACCACCUCAGCAUUUUUCCGAAACUUCUUCUCAGGCCCCAUGUCGAUAGCCACGGUCUUAUUCCGUCCAUAGCGCUUAUCCGUAUACCGGAGUAUUGUCCUAGGGGUACCAACCUCCGGUAUUGUAAUCACCCUUGGAGCAGAUCGCACAUUGUCCACGUGAUCAUUAUCUUUGUUCACGUGACUACUACGUUUGUGACUACUAUUUUUGUUCACGUGACCAGCAUUAUUGUUCGCAUGUUCUUCACGUGAUAUUUUCAAUUUUUUGGCCUUGCCUUGGUUCUUUGUUUUAAGGAAUUUGUUCUCAAAAGUUUUUUUCCCUUUCGGUUUUAUGCUCGAUGGAUCCAUGCUGAGGGUCCGUAAUUGAGCUGGUUUUCCAGGCUCUGAUAUCCUUUCGGAGUCCAGAACUUGAACUGAUUUCCAACGUCUCUGUAGAUCGUUUUUGUAAGUGUUUAAAAUAAGGUUGCGUGAUUUUGUCAUGUUGCUUAGCAACGAUUCGGAUGCUCCCGUUUUCUCAUCGUAAUUUAACGUGAGAUUGUUUUCCUUCAAUUUCAAUAUGGCUGUCAUGUCUUUAGCUUUGCUUUCGUCGUUCUCGGCUUUCUCCGCAUCAUCCUCGGCUUUACUCGUAUCGCUUUUGGCAUUCGUCGUGUUCUCCUCACAUUUCGCCGUACAAUUCUCGACUCUCUCCGUGUCGUUGUCGGGAUUCAUCGUGUCAUACUCGUUGCACUUCGGUGGAUAUUUCUCUCGGGGGCGUGCAAGUCUUUCAAUACGGUUAGCACUCGGUUGUCGACGAAACGGGAGAUUUUGUGAGAAAAUUGCCUUGCCAUUGACAGCUAAAUUUAUCCCGAUGUACGGUGGCGCAUCUACGAAAGGCUG